UCGGCAGGGACCUUGUGAGCAGCACAGCUGCGGAGCCCGGGAUCAGGAGGAGAAGAGAGAAAGCAGGAGGAGGAGCGAGGAAGUAAGAGUCCCUGGAGCUCCUUCCAGGAGCCCCAGGAAACUCUAGGAAAAGGCACUGGACUGGGAGCCAAAGGACAGAGAAGGGUCCUGCAGAAAGACACUGGAUGGGUGGUGCCCUGACUCCUGAGAGACCUUGUCUGGCAACCUGAAGCCCUUGUCCUUUCUCCCAGGGAAGUGAAGGAUUGAGUGCAAUCACACUUUCUUUCUCCCCUCCAACUCCUUUUUAACUGGCAGCUUUCGCAUCUUGAAGAAAUAUCGAAGGUUUCACUCCUUGAAAGGAAGAAAUCCCUACCACAUGUUUCCUGCAUGUUGCUAGCCAUGGCGAUUGAACUCUUUUUUUUAUUGCUGAUGCUUUGUGGAAGUACUGUUCCAGUGGGCUCUUCACAUAAAACAUCUUCUGGAACUCUGGAUUUUGGAUAUUUGCCUGCAGGAAGCUAUGGCACGAAUGCCCACUAUGAACCUGGACCAAUAGAGAUUUUGUUUCAAGUUGUGCAUGGCUUCCUUUACGUAGUUCAACCAAAUCCUUUUCCCCGAGAGCUUGUCAGAAAGAUUGCCCAACAGAGGUUUGAACAUUCAAAGACGGAUUAUCAGGAGGCUAUCUACUAUGAAAUUGGUUUUAUUAUUUCUGCUGGCCUGGGAUUGCUGUUUAUUCUUUUGCUGCCUCUGGUGGGGCUUUGCUUUUGUCUGUGUCGUUGCUGUGACAACUGCGGUGGGGAAAUGCACCAGAGACAGAAGAAAAAUGGUGACUGUCAGAGGAGCUGCUUUGCGACAUCUCUUUUUGUCUCUUCUUUAAUAAUAAGUAUUGGCGUACUCUGCGCUUAUGCGGCAAACCAACAUCUAACGACUCAAGUUCGAGGAGCAAAGAAAUUAGUGAAUAGCAAUUUUAAAGACUUGAGAGUCCUCGUGACGGAUACACCAGGGCAAAUUGAUUAUUUGCUGAGCCAGUACAACAGCACUAAGAAUAAAGCACUAGCAGACCUAAAUAACAUUGGACCACUGCUUGGAGGCCGAGUUCAGGGGCAAUUGGCGAAACAAGUGGUCCCAGCCCUUGAUGCUGCUUUGGCCAUGGCAGGGGCAAUCAGAGAAACAAAAGAAGCAUUGGAGAAUGUUAGCGCCUCUAUGGAGAUUCUGCAGGAAGGAACGGACAAGCUGAAUGCCAACUUGACAGAUGUGAAAAUGAAUCUGAGCAACACCCUCAACGACUCUGCCUGCACAACUGCCCAAGCUGCUUCUACUUGUAACGUUAUCCGAAAUUCAUUAAACCAACUGAAUAUCAAUGCCAACUUUAGCCGGCUACCAGGUGUAGGCUUGCAGCUCUCCAAAGUCAAUGAAGUUCUCAAAGUAGACCUCUCCGGCUUAGUUCAAAAGGGCUACGCAGCAUUCAAUGAGACCCCCGAUUUGGUGCAGAACCAAACUAAGAAUAUCUUAUCAGCCCUUCCUUACGUCAAAAGUGUUUUGGAUACCAUUGGUUCAAAUAUCACCAGUUUAACCAAAAUGGUUCCUCUUGAGAAGAUGCUGAAAGAUUUCACGAACUAUCUCUCUCAGGCUGAGACAUAUAUUGAAGAUUAUUUCCCUGCAGUAGAACAAUAUGAUUUCUACAGGUGGCUGGGCUGUUUAAUUAUCUGCUGCCUAGUAGUCCUGAUUCUUGUGUUCUACUACCUGGGAUUACUGUGCGGUGCUUGCGGUUAUGAUAAACACACUACUCCCACCAACAGAGGCUGCAUCUCAAACACCGGAGGCAACUUCCUCAUGGCGGGGGUUGGAUUCAGCUUCCUCUUCUCUUGGGCCUUGAUGAUCAUCGUUGUCUUCACUUUUGUAUCAGGUGGAAAUAUGGAAAAAUUAGUCUGUGAGCCAUUUGAAGAUAAGACUUUAUUUCAGGUUUUGGACACCCCCUACUUAUUAAAUGGGCAGUGGAAAAACUACCUUUCUGGUCUCUUGUUUCAAAAUCCUAAUAUUAAUCUUACCUUUGAGCAAGUUUACAGUGACUGCAAAGAAAAUAAAGGCAUCUAUACCUCCCUUCAACUAGAUAACCUUUUCAAUAUCAGUGCAUUUUUGAACAUUAGUGUGUAUACGGAAGACCUGUCCAUUCGAUUUGAAAGUAUUAAAAUAAAUCUGAGCAAUAUAGUUCUGCUGGAUGAAACAGGGAAAGAAAACCUUCUGAAUUUCAGUUUUUCAGGAAUAGACGGAAUAGAUUUUGCAGCCUACCUGGCUGAGGUCAAUAAAAGCAUAACAAAAGUGGAUCUUUUAUCAUUUGCCAAUGACUUAGAAGCAAGGGCAGAGCAAUUGCCCAAAGGAGCUUUAGAAAAUGCCCUUAAAGGACAUGCAAACAGCAUCAGAAUGAUUCAUCGCCAGCAAGUCAUUCCCAUGGAGCAAGCAAUGAAAUAUGUUAAAGCUAGGAGCACUUUAAAUCAAAGCAUUAGAUUAUUACAGAAGACAGCGACAGAACUUACGGUGAAAGUAUCCCAGGUGAUUGCCAGUGUGGAUGCUGCUCAGUUACUCAUUAACAACAAUGCAUCCUUCAUUAUCAUUCAGGAAACCAAGAAGUACAUGGGUACAAUAAUAGGUUACUUUGAGCAGUACGUUCAAUGGGUCAAGGAUUCAAUAACCAUGGAUGUGGCAGCCUGCAAACCUAUUGCAAACAUAGUUGAUACUGCAGUGGAAAUAUUUCUGUGCAGCUAUGUGACUGACUCUGUGAAUAGCUUCUGGUUUGGUUUGGGAGGAUCUACAAUAUUUUUAAUUCCUGCCAUCAUCUUUGCGGUAAAAUUAUCCAAAUACUACCGCAGAAUGGAUUCAGAAGAUGUGUAUGAUGAUGUUGAAACUGUACCCAUGAAAAAUAUGGAAAAUGGUAAUAAUGGUUAUCAUAAAGAUCAUUUAUAUGGUAUUCCCAAUCCUGUUAUGACAAGCUCCAUGGAACAGUGGUAAAGGAAUUGGAAUUUUGAGCUUCAACAUGCUCAUACAGAAAAUGAGAUGGAAUUGACCUAGCUGUAUUUGGGUGUGUCAGCACUUUCCAAAUUAAGAAACCCAUCUUAGUGGCUUGCUGAGCUCAAUCCUGAUUCAAGAAAAGUGUUGAAUGUUUUCCUAGGAGCUACUAUACGGUAGAACUUACUUUGCUGACACUCUUCAAGGACAAUAUUUACCUUUAACAGAAAAGUUAUUUUUUACUUUUUUAUGCUGGGUUUCUAGAUUGAAAACCAUUAUGUAUUUGUUUAGUUUAAAAUAGUUUUCUUCAAGAAACUGCCCAAACAAAACUCAGAUGUUGAUCAUACUAUUGUAUGAAAAAUAUAUUAAACAUAUAGUUGUUUACAUAAAAAAGCAUUUUGUAUACA